GGUCCAUUUUUAUCGGAAGCUUUGUAGUAGCAAUAAUGCUAAUACCCAGCACAUGGGCUCUACCAUGUAGAGGAAAUGGCACCGCCCAGCAGUGACAGCUAUAUUGUGCGUGUCAAGGCUGUGGUUAUGACCAGAGAUGACUCCAGCGGGGGAUGGUUCCCACAGGAAGGAGGCGGGAUCAGUCGCGUGGGGGUCUGUAAGGUCAUGCACCCCGGCAAUGGACGAAGCGGCUUUCUCAUCCAUGGUGAACGGCAGAAAGACAAACUGGUGGUAUUGGAAUGCUAUGUAAGAAAGGACUUGGUCUACACCAAAGCCAACCCAACCUUUCAUCAUUGGAAGGUCGACAAUAGGAAGUUUGGACUUACUUUCCAAAGUCCUGCCGAUGCUCGAGCCUUUGACAGGGGAGUGAGGAAAGCAAUCGAAGACCUUAUAGAAGGCUCAACCACAUCAUCUUCCACCAUCCACAAUGAAGCUGAGCUUGGUGAUGACGACGUCUUUACGACAGCUACAGACAGUUCUUCUAAUUCCUCUCAGAAGAGGGAACAACCGACCCGGACAAUCUCCUCCCCCACAUCCUGUGAGCACCGGAGGAUUUACACCCUGGGCCACCUCCACGACCCAUACCCCGCGGACCACUAUCACCUCGAGCAGCCGAUGCCCCGGCCCUACCGCCAGGUGAGCUUCCCGGACGACGACGAGGAGAUCGUGCGCAUCAACCCCCGGGAGAAGAUCUGGGUGACGGGCUACGAGGACUACCGGCACGCGCCCGUGCGCAAGGCCCUGGACCCCGCCGAGGACGCGGACUCCUACGUGCGCUUCGCCAAGGGCGAGGUCCCCAAGCACGACUAUAACUACCCCUACGUGGACUCCUCGGACUUCGGCCUCGGUGAGGACCCCAAAGGGCGCGGGGGCGGCGUGAUCAAGACCCAGCCCUCGCGGGGCAAACCCCGGCGGCGGAAGGAGGACGGCGAGCGCUCCCGGUGCGAGUACUGCAGGGACAUGUUCAACCACGAGGAGAACCGGAGGGGCCACUGCCAGGACGCGCCCGACUCCGUGAGAACUUGCAUCCGCCGGGUGAGCUGUAUGUGGUGUGCGGACAGCCUGCUCUAUCACUGUAUGUCGGACCCCGAGGGCGACUAUACAGACCCCUGCUCGUGCGACACUAGCGACGAGAAGUUUUGCCUCCGGUGGAUGGCUCUUAUUGCCUUGUCUUUCUUGGCCCCCUGUAUGUGCUGUUACCUGCCCCUUCGGGCCUGCUACCACUGCGGAGUGAUGUGCAGGUGCUGCGGGGGCAGGCACAAAGCCGCCGUGUGACUCUGUGCCCCGCCCUCCGCUCCGUCCACGGCCACCGGGGAACUUGUCUCCCACACACUCUCAUCCUCCCCCCUGGGACCUGGGGCGCCAUUCCAGCCUGGGGAACCCUCCGGUGGACUCUGCACCUCCCAGCCACUCAUCCAUCCCUGCGCACAGUGUUCUAAAGAAAGGACCCCUCCUCCCCCACAUAGACUCGUGUAUUAAUAAUCUGUAAUCAAGCUAACUGUCUUAUACCUGUGUUGAUUUCCUGCCCACCUCUUCCAGUUCAAAGGCACCUGCAGUCGGAACUGUUUUUUUUGGUUUUUUUGAUGGGUCUUGUAGUUGGUUUUCCAAGAGCAUCGAAGACUAUCUUUCUCUUGGCUCAGCUUGCCUGUUGCCAACAAGCAUCACCGGGUUCCUGGAAGUGUGAUGUCAGAACGAGGAAACCCAACCAGAAGUAUUUUAACCCCACGGUAGUUGCUCUGUCUAGGAGGUGAGCUAGCUGACAAACAAGAUCGCUCUAACUUUUCUAAAGCCAAAUUUCCCAUGUAAGCCGCAGUUUCUAUCAUGAGCCCAUCAUCAUUUUCUGCCCCCGCCCCCAAAUCUGCCAGUUCUUCAGGAUGCAAACAUUCACCCGUAAAAUGACUAAGAAUCGAGCCUUAACUUCAGAUUAACUUGGGAGAAUCAGGAAAAUUCCUUAAACUGCAUCACAUCCUCUCUAGCCAGGGCUAGAAAGGAGAUUUCCGGAUUUCCCUGAGUCUCCCCAGUUACCCCUAAGGUAGGACUUUUUAAAAAUUGUGUCGCCACCACUUCCAAAAAUUUAGCAAUAUUGGAAGAAAAUGCUAAUAAAGUAAAAAAAUUUGCUUGCUGUUUUGGAAACCAAAUACUCUCUUCAAACACAAACCAGUGUUGGGAAACACUGAGGUUCCGGUAAAUAAAAUUAAAGGAGCUCCCCUCUCCCCAAUGGGGGUUUUCUGUUAACGGGGGAAGUUCUAAAUGCUGUAAAUUUGAGGAGUGGUGGGCUGCAUUUCGCACGUGGAUUUGUGUUUUUCUUUUGGACUCAAUUUCACGUCACCAAAUUCUUCAUUUAUACUUAGGAAAAAACAAGGCCAUAUGUAAAAACCCCUCCGAUGCCUAAGUGUCUUUCUCCUGCAACUCCACACCCAGACUUGCCACUUGGUGUGCACAGAUGGUUGAGUCAGCAGGCUAGGGCUCCCUGUCGCCUUGCCACGUAGGAGGCUUCGAAUUAGCUGGAAAAGAGUAUUUUUCUAAUCUAUUGCAAGGAAUAGCCAAAUCUUAGGGCAGAAAGAAGAAAAGUAAAGAAUGGUUUCCCUGUGCCCAGCAUAGUACAAUCAGAACGACGUGGAGAACACAGGGGCAGGUUUGUCAAACACUGUUCUUCCCGCCAUGAUCUUCCCGUGGUAACUGCCCGCUGAGGGCAUGGCCUGCUCCCUCCCCCCUCGCUUCCUCCUCCCUUCUCUAUGGCACACAGGACACCAGUCCUCAAGGAAAGGGACUUUUUUCCAAUCUUCCCAUCGUACGGGAAAGUGCUAGCCGUGCUUACCUUCGUGGAAUGUUUUCAGCUCUCCUGAGAGCCCGUCGCACUUCUUGAGUCAGAUCAUCGGUGCAAAUGCCCUCUGUGCUUCUGAGUUAGUCGGUAGACGUUUUCAUUGGUUGGAGUGACUGGUUUGGGCCUUUGGGUCUGGAAAGGGACCAGAGAGUUGUCAGUCUGGUGAUGGGAGAAAAGAGCGUUGCUUCCCUGCCUGGGGAACAUCUAGGGAACCGCAGCCAGCCUCCCAACGAUGUUGAGAGACCACCCCCACGCCCUGAGGGUUUUCCUCAAGGCCUUUCUCAAGGUCUCCUCUCUACAAAGCACAACACUAAUGUAUGUUUUGUUAGACCUCAGUUCCAGUGCCCCUAUUUAUUUCAGUAAGAAUACACAUACCCCCGCUUGUUUGUGGCUCUAUUUUGUUGUCUCUCUCUCCCUUCACCCCCUGUCCUGGUCCACCCCUUUGAAGAGUUAUGCCAGUGAAUCUUAACUCUGCCUAUGCUUUUUGGUUUGUGAAGGUAGCGGUGAAGGGCACAAGGACAGCCAUGGGGACAUUUAUGUAAAUACGUCUCUCUCUCAUCGCCACACUGCAGCUGAACAGUGUGUAGUAUUUUCCCAGUCAGCUUUGCCAUACUGACGUCAAUCAUUUGAAAGAAAUUAUUCAGAUUUUAUUUUUGUAUCUGUGGUAACAAAAACAUUAACCAAAAGAUUAUCUGUUUGGAAGCUUCUCCCGACACCCGCGCCCUCCCCCCCGCCCCCCCAAGCUAUUUGCUCACAUUAACAAAUUAAAGUGCCUGAAGCAUCAUUCAUUCUUUACCUGUAUACUAAAAACCCUGUUGUAUUGAUUUUUUUAUAAUAACCCUUUUUACCUCUGUGUAAAAAAUAUAUAUACAAGUGUAUGAUGUACAUUUUAAGUUCUUAACUUUUUUUUAUGGUUUCUAAUAUGUAUGACCAAUGUAGCCAUUGCUUUAAAAUGUACCGUGUAAAUAUAAACACAUCCUACGAGA